AUGUCUAAGAUAAAGAGACCUUAUCUAAGUUUAUCUCAAAAUUUUGAAGAUGACGAAUUUAAAAGAAUAUUUACAAGGCCAGACACCAGCCCUGAAAAAAGUGAAGGCUAUAAAAAAUCCACUCGAUAUAGCCUUCACAAACCAAAAAAUAACUCUAUGCAUGAACAGUCUGUGAGGAGAACUAAAACAUUAGAAGGGACAUCAAGGACUUCUGAUGUCCCUUCCUUUGUUCAUGAGUAUCUUUAUAUUUCUGAAGAGCCUAAACCAGAAGCAAAAACAGUUCUAGACACUUAUAACAGCUGAUAUCAUGACAGACAAAAAAGCUUGAAAUCAUCAACAAGAUUCUCUACUCAAGAUCGCUCAAAUAAAAAUAAAGAACCAAUUGGAAUUGAGCCUAUUUAUUAUGAUAAUUAUAAAGCUAAGCACAAGCUUCGGCCCAAGUCUGCUUCAAAAGUGACAAAAAUAAGAGAUCAGUCUCUUUUUCAGACAUAUAGAAUUUAUAAACCCAAAGUAUUAGAAAUCUCUCCAAGAUCUAAAUUUACAAUUUAUCUAAAAUCAUCAAUUGUUGAAAGUUCUGAAAAGAAAAAAGCAGAAUCAUUAUCUCUUUCACCUAAAAAAACAGCAGCAUCCAGCAGCAUUCAAGCUACUCCUAACCUAGAAUUCAAACGUCCACCAAGUCCUCCAAAAUUUACCUCAAAAGUAUUAGAAAAAACUGCAGAGACUUAUGGAGAAAAACUUUGGAAACUCAACGAGUUAUCUCUGAUGGAUUGAAUCGCAGAAUAA